AGCGAUGUACCCCUCGUUGGACUUGACUGUUUCCACCCAAAGAUGGGGGACGACCUUAUCUAUUCUGGGGGUGGGCUCUCGCGCCCCGGAACUAUGGACUCGUGCUCCAAGUUCAGAGGCCAUUAAGAACCUCGAGCUGCAGCCUUCCACUCGCCCAAAAAGAGCUCCUCCUCCCACCCACACCAGAAGCCUGGAGGUAUGCUAACCUCCAGGCUUCUGGUGACGAGGUAUGCUAACCUCGUCUUCUUCUUUCAGUCAGCACUCAGCACUCAGCAGGUGUAUGGAGUGUUCUCGACUUCUCGCAAUCGAGGUACACACGACCCCCAUCCCGUCAGGGCCCACAAUACUCGUGAUUCACUUUGGGUGUCAGAUGUAAAAGGGCCUUGAUGUCAGAGCCGUGGCGUCGUUGGAAACUCGAACGCGUGUGAGUGGUGAAUCAGACUGCUUAUCCAGUCUGCCUUUCGUAUGCGCGUGCAUGGCGAGCAGCUGAAACGAGUCACCGCCACUCUGAUGUUUCAGUAGGGAUGUAUGUCUCCUCUCCACAACGUAAAUUUCAGAUUCAGAUAAGGUUCUCGUUUCGGAGCAGUGAGCUAUCUCCAGGCAGUAAGGAGUUAGGAGGUGUUCGCUUUGCCGCAACACUCGGUGCAGUGGAGCAGCCGAAACAGCAACAGAUCCUUGUGUUACUCCUGCAGAGUCUGUUCUGUGUGAUGAGCUUGCUGACAUUCUCUGUGACCUUGCUGAGCAGCUUCGACUCGGAUGUAUAUACUUCCAGUCAUGUUCACGAUUCUUUCGCUGACAAGAUCAUUCACGAGUACUUGAGUGAGUAUGUGAGGACCUUGUUUUUCUGCGAGGUUGAAAGUGUGAAAAGUCCAUUGAGUUCAGUUUCUAAUGUCCGCAAGCUGGAACUCAGUUCCCUGCCUUCAUCUUGUGUCUGUCGAGCUCGACGGUCACAUAUCUCCAUCCGAAUCGUUUAUCCUUCUGCAAAUUUAUGGCACCUUGUUGCAAGAGCCCCUGAACAGAUUUCGAGUAACGUAAUGCUGCAUAUAGUAAAUUCCUAGUUUACGAUGAUAGCCUUUAUUCUCACACACGUACAGAGGGAGCUGUUGAGAUUUUCCUGUUGGACGGCUCGCCUCUAAAAUCUAAGGCUCUGUGUCUGCAUGACUCCACCUGUCGGCCAUGGCUCCAACAUUCUCUGCCCUCGUACAUGUGCCAAACGAGUUACGCGAUUGUCUUUUGGAGUUCUGACAUCUGUAGAAAGAUGCAAUUCUGCGCUUUGGCCCUAGCACAGAGCUCGUGCGUCCGUGCACAGAAUUCUCGAUGGAUCGCUUGAACUUUUAGUGUAUCGAGAUCCAGGUGGUCGUCAUGCAUCAAGUAGCUGAAAGCGUAACAGUUCUGAUAAAGUUUCGUGGUGAAGGACUGAAACAAACCACGAUAGAGUCCAAUUUUUCCAUUAUGAUAGACACAUUGCCUUGUUCAUGGAGUAUACGCGUUCGCCCAACCCGCAGGACCCUUGUUUCUACACGCGGUCCAGGACCUGUCAGGAUCGCAGCUCGGCAUCGGCUGUCUUCGAUGUCAGCGUGCUGUCCCCACGAAGAUCACUUGAUUUGAAGACUUCCAAAAACUGCAGUGUCUACAGUCGAGCGCAUUUCUCAAGCGCUUCUGAUCUCAAGCUAUGUCCUCGAGAAAAAAUUUACAUGUUGAGACUACAAAAUCCCCAGUAUUCGUGUCCUUGCUCUACAUGUGGGUUAUUUUGCAAGCAGGCGCAACUCCGUUUCUCCGUUGCCUCUACUGUGAAGAACCAUCGCCAUGUCCCCAUUACCUGUCAAAAUUCUGGUUCCGUUCAGCUCCUGUAUAUGUGGGCUCCGCAAAUGGGAUAAUCCAAGACUUUGGUUCUUAAGAAUGUCUCAUCUGGAGAGAUUAAGAAUGUCUUCUCAAACUUACAAAUGCAGGUGAGCACGACGUUGUAACUUAGAGAUCGCAUUCUAAAAAUUCCGUCAUAGAACACGUUUCACCAGUCGGGUUAUAAACCUCAAACUUCACUUGAUCAACUCUAAUGCAGUCAUAUGUCUGACUUCUCGGCAUGUCGUGUAACAUCUGUUGUUAUCAACUGUUUGUAGAAAUUUGGAACUGAAUGUCCGAG